UGUUAGUUUGGUGAGGCGAGGAAGUGCUUAGAAGUGCAUCAAUCGUAAGCGUCAAAUCCUUCCAAAUUCCUGAGGGGAUCCUUCGUUUAGAAGAACCAUUGAUGCUUCAUACAGUUCUACGCGGACUCCUUACGUACACUUGUCAUCUAUUUUCAUCCGAGGCUGUAACCCAGCUCGCCUCCCGCAUAACGCCAUACUCCAUCUGGUGCAUGCGGCAUGCCGGCCUUGGCCUCACUAAAAGGUUAAGGUUCAAGCUUUCGCGGAGUACGGCGGCCCACAAACACCACAUCUACGUCUUCAUCAUACUCUACCUAGGUAUCUAAUCCGUGCCUCGACACCUUGCGGAAGGACGGAGAUCUCCAAGUCGGAAGAGGCUACGACACGACAACCUUAUGCCAUUCUACAUCUGCGCGACAAGACACGACAUACCUACCCAAGGUACGAUUGCGAAGAUAGUCGCAUCUUCAUCAUAAAAUAGCCACCAGCAGGUGGUCAACACUCAAGAUGCCUGGAAUGGCUUCAGCAGCAGCCGAAAUGACCAUCGAUGAUGCUUGGGAAUGGAUCAAGAAGGUCUCCAUGGCGGGAUGGUCCAGAACGACCAGGCGGAUGCGCGCUGGAGGAAUCGUGUUAAUAGUAUUGUAAGGAGGAAUGGAAUACUUUAGAUUCAUGAGGAUAUCGAUACUAACAUGAAUUGCUACAUAGCAUUCUUUCCAUCGUUCUCCUGCGCCCUUCACUACCCAGCAGAGAGACCCUCCCCAAACUCCCCAAAGUCCCCACGAUACACCUCGAUUAUGGAAAACAUGGGCCUGGCGAAUCGCCUUAUAAUGCCUCAAAAGUUGCUCUCCUCAUCGAGAACCGAGUCAACCCAAUCCUCGCCCCUCUCAUGUUACAUUUCAUGUCGGUAGUUCCCCCAGACUGGCGCUUCCGCUUCAUGGGCAGCGAAGAAAGCGUCGCCUUUAUCAACGGCAGUCGAGCCAUCCGCGAUGCAGUCGAUAUGGGAAAACUAGACUUAACCUACAUUCCCUCCAACAUGUCAACCUCCGACAAAGAAGCCAUCUCCGCCUUCCUCACCAACCUCUGGCUUUACGAGACCGUCCUGCAACCUGCGGAAUGGUUGCUAGUCUUCCAGACAGAUAGCAUGCUUUGCGCCAACAGUCGGCAAUCUCUCAACAGCUGGCUGGAAUACGACUGGGUCGGCGCACCUUGGAACCCGAAUGGUCGAUUUGGAGGAAAUGGAGGGCUGAGUCUCAGACGUGUGAGCAAGAUCAUCGAAGUCAUCCGCUACCAACAACGCCUUCCGAACUCGGAACCCGAAGACAUUUGGCUCACCGAUCGUCUGGGCGCUCGACCAGGUGCGAAGAUGGCCAACGGAACCGCAUCCCUCACCUUCUCGGCCGAAAACUUCAAUGGCGAGGGAGAGAAGAUUGGAGGCAAGAAGAUUCCCGGGAAAGAAGGACCUGAAGCAGGGGAUUUAAUCAAGGGAAUCGAUGAAUGGCGUGAGGGCUUCUACGAACCGAUGGGGUACCACACAGGAAGCUCAGGGAAUGAUUUACACGGCCCCAUCUGGGGGACCGUCGAGAUGAGAAGACACAUCUGGCAAUAUUGCCCCGAGGUCAAGAUGACAUUAAAGAUGGACGCCGCCAAGUACGUCCCAGGACAGUGCAAUGCGAAUUGGAAACGCAUGGAGUCCGGGUGGGACGGGACAUACGGACCUCUUGAGGAGAGAGGGUUAGAGGCGAGGACGGAGAUCAUUGAUGGGGUGGAAUAUCCUAUGUUACCAGCUGGUUUAAUGCCUUGGUAA